AUGAGUUACUAAUAUAGAGAAUAAGAAUCACAGAACACUUUAAGCCAAAAUUCGAAUAAUCUUUAAGACACAGACUUAGAAGAUCGAAUUCAUUGCCUACCAGAAAAUGAAUUCUGUUGCAAAAAAAUGGUUAAUCAUACCUUCGUUAUUGGAAUAUCUAAACCAGGAGAAUAAAGAAUUGGUUUAUAAACUAUAUAGAAGAAUAAAAUCACUAUAAAAGGAAGACUUGGAAUUGAUGAAAAAUAAUGA